UAACUACCACACCUAUUACUACUAUUAUAAUGCCUAAUACUAUAUCUGAUACUGCAUCUAAUACUAUAUUUAAAAUUACAACUCAUAUGCCAACUAUUAUAGCUACUACUACUUCAUCUAUUGCUACAUUAGCUACUACAGCUACUGAGCCUAUAACUACUGAGUCUACAACUACUAAGUCAACAACCACUGAGCUUACAACUACUAAAUCUACAACUACUACAUCUAUUAUUUCAAAAGUACUAAAAAAAUUAGAAACAGUUGUUGGAAUUAUAAGAGAACUCAGAAAUGAAAUUGAUGUCAUAAUGGAUUUAUAUAAUAGUGAAGAUAAAGACUCUGAUCAUAGAUAA